GACGACGCGAGGCGACGCGGCCGAGCGGGGGAGGCGGUGGGAGGGAGCGCCGGUCUCUAUAUGGCGGCGGCUCUGUCGGGCCUGGCUGUCCGGCUCUCGCGCUCGGCCGCCGCGCGCUCCUAUGGGGUCUUCUGCAAGGGGCUCACCCGCACGCUGCUCAUCUUCUUCGACCUGGCUUGGAGGCUGCGCAUCAACUUCCCCUACCUGUACAUCGUGGCGUCCAUGAUGCUCAACGUGCGCCUGCAGGUUCAUAUUGAAAUCCACUGAAGGUCAUUCCUUGACUGACAGGCGUCACCCCAGCUCACUGUAUCAGAGGACACGAAGCAUGGGGGGCAGAAGAGGGACCCUGGACACCUGCCUGGCAAACGUGAAGUGCUCUGGAGGAGGUGACCUGGACAAACUCUUAAGUGGCCUUAAGAAAAGAACCCAGAGGGGGAGCCCCUGCCCAGCAGUGCCUUCCAAGAAGGACCAGCCUGUGGUUGGAGCCAAUGGAAAAUCACAGGAUGAGGCCGUCUCCUUGGAAAUGAAGAGUGACCUGAGCUGCGCCGAUCAUUUGCUUCACAGUGGCGACAAACUGCAUCCACAUCUGACUGAGUCAACAGGAAGAGGUCCAACCCUGGCCGCUGCUGUGCGCAAGGAUGAGGGUCUGACUCCUGGCCCAGUGGAGGAGCGCCUUGCUGGGGUGUAUGGUGCCAUGAAGGAAGCCCUGAGGAGGGACUGGCUGGAGGGAGGACCCAGAGCCACAGACAGCCACGAAGGACAGUACCCCAAAGGAGAGCUCUGGGUGUCGGGAUGGCCAGGCCACCCCAAACCAUGGGAUGUGGGAUUCUUCAAGUGUGAACUGCCAAGCGCUUUUCCUGAGUUAGAACUGUCUUGUCUGCGUUCUGAUCUGCUCUGGAUGCCAGGUGACCUUCCUGAAGUUCUCCUGGAAGAUGAGACAAGAUGUUUUCUCCUUACCCUAUUAAAGCCCUUGUUUUCAGAGCAAACAAUAGGCUGCAAGAAAAUUGUUUCAAGUAUAAAAAGUACUUCAAAUGGUCUCCAGAUAAUACUGGGGCUACUGGCUUUACCACCUUUGGAAUUAGCAAAUCUCUCAUGCCAUAGUUAAGGUACAGGAGAACAAUAAAAACAGUAGGUUAAUUUUGAAAGCUGUCUUAGGAGGAUUUCUUUUGCCUUGAGCCAGGAUGCUUAGAGCACAGCGAUCCAGUCCCUGCUCCCAGGAGUCCAUGUGGAUGACUAGACGGACCUUGCUGGUUGGUGCAGAAGGAAAUUGUCGAGCAUGUUUUAAGUUGUGCUGGGAAGAGGCUCAGGACUGAGAAACCCUUUCUGUAGAUGAUGUAUCCAGCAUGACGUCCAGUGAGAGCGCAGUGACUUCACGUGAGGUUCUUUAUGUAUCUUCUCAGAUCCCCGUUCUAAAGGGCUACUGUCCCAGACACCAUCCAUCUCUGCCGGUCUCUGAUUGCCUAAUGGGAGUGGAUUUUUCUGUCUACCUGCUCUACUUUUUAUUAUGCAAGCUUUGCUCAGUUCACAGUGAGCUGUUACCAUGUCUGCAUUUCAUAGAAUAACUCUGACCUGCAGCAAAGUUUCCUCUCCUUUUCCUCCCUCCACUUGAAGCAGUUUAAUUGGAGACACAUAUGGUGACGUUGCAAUAUUAACCUUGGAAUCAUCUUCUCAAGCUAGGAGUCCCAACAGGGUUCUCCUGCGUAUGAAGGAAUGAUGAGUCUAUUUUCCAUAGCACAGAUAACAGAAAAGCAAAUCAAGUAUUUCCGUGACACAGUUUCCAGGUCCUAGGAAUUGAGGUCUCUUUUACAUUAAGAUUUUUGUUGUUUGUUGAUAACUUUAAUAAAGGUCAUUCAUUUAAGAAUGUAUAAUUUUUUUAGGACUCCUGAACUCAGAGUUAAAAUCAGCCAUUUAAGGGAUAAUGCAUUGCAUACAUCAUUUAUACUGUGUGCUAAGUUACUAUGCCAUGUGCUGUUUUAGUGUUUUGGGAAAAUGAAUAAAGUCUGUUCUUUAGCAUAACAAA